ACCAAGAAAGAAGAAGAAGAAAACGGAGAAGAAGAAAAAGAAGGAAGGAAGGAUCGAAUAUAUCAAACAUCAAAACAAAGUAAGCUAGUUGGGUCGAGGUGCAGAAUGGAGAGAAAAACACAAGAGUUAGUUGCUUCGAGGAGUAGAAUAGAGAGGUCUAGAAAAAGAAAACAACUAUAUCAACUUGAUGGUUCUGAUUCAUCUGAUUCAUCUACCAGCAAAGAUGCUUAUAAGCCUAGACGUCGUAAAAUUGAGAAAAAUAGGAGUGGCGGUGAACAGAAGUACUGCCAUCAGUGCAAAAGAAAUGAUGGGCAUGUUGUGACCUGCAACAGAUGUGAGAGGAAACGAUAUUGUACUUCGUGUAUUUCAAAAAACUAUCCCCAGAUGAAUGAGGAGGAUUUUCUUAUGGAAUGUCCUUUCUGCCGAGACAUUUGCAAUUGCAAGAGUUGUUUGCGCUUGGAAUUGCCCGAAAAGAACGAAACAAGGAUGAGCGAAGGAGACAAAAAGAAUUACGCAAAGUAUCUCCUGCGACGGCUUCUUCCAUAUGUGAAACAAAUUAACGAAGAGCAAAGUUUGGAAAAAGAGAUGGAGGCACAAAUUCGAGGGUUGCCAUUUUCUGAGGUCAAAGUGCAGCAAGCAGACUGCUAUGUUAAUGAGCGUCUAAAUUGCAACUGGUGCGAAACUUCGAUUGCUGACUACCACCGGAGCUGCACAAAAUGUCCGUAUGAUCUAUGCAUCUCCUGUUGCCGGGACUUGCGUGCUGGCUCUUUGCAAGCAGGUCAUCCGGGAAGCAUGAAUCAAUAUAAGAACCCGGGGGUGGGGUACUUACAUGGUGAAACAUGUAAACCAGCUCGAAGCAAUAGAACUGUGGGCACAUCGACUGCAACAAAGGACGGUGGUUCCCGCGGGAAGGCAAAAUUACCUGAAUGGAGGCCUAACAAGGAUGGCAGCAUCUCUUGUCCACCGGAGAGUUUGGGUGGGUGUGGAAAAGGUAUUCUGAGGCUGAACCAGGUCUUGCGAGACGGUUGGCUUUCAAACGUGAUAUUGAAAGCUGAAGAAUUAUGCCAACAGUAUAAUCUGGAUGGCAUGCCAGAUCCCACACACGGGUGCUCCUGUUGUAAUUUGGCAGCUGGUGAUGACACGGCCACAGAGAAAAUACGGAAAGCUAUAGACAUUCAAGCCGGAGAUCACAAGCAUUUUCAGGCGCACUGGUCAAAAGGCGAACCGGUGAUUGUGACUGGGGGACUUGACAGAACAUAUGGUCUAAGCUGGGAACCGAUGGUGAUGUCUCGAGCAAUGCAUGAUAAGUCCCGUACCGGUGUGACUGUCUUGAAUUGUUUGAACUGGUGCAAGGAGGAAUAUAGCCUAAGUUUGUUCUUUAAAGGCUAUACAGAGGGUAGACUUGACUUGGCUGGCUGGCCCCAAAUGCUAAAGUUAAAUGAUUGGCCUGAAUCUGGUUCGUUUGAGGAUCGUCUCCCACGUCAUAACGUGGAGUUCUUAAGCGCUUUGCCGUUCAAGGAGUACACACAUCCACAGAGCGGCUACUUGAACCUUGCUGUCAAGUUACCGGAGGGCCAUCUGAAGCCAGACACAGGUCCCAAACUAUAUACCGCUUAUGGCUUUUCCCAGCAACUCGGACGUGGUGAUUCCGUCUCCAAACUCAGCUAUCAUGACUCUGACGCAGUAUACGUGCUAACUCAUGUCAAAGAGAUGACAUUCACUCCUUCUGAGCUUGCUAAGAUGGAACAGCUGAAGGAGAAGCACCGUGUUCAGGACGAGAGAGAAAUAUAUGCAGAGGGUGACAUGGGAAAUGGACCGGAGCCGCAGCUGGAAUCCAAUGAUCCAGAAGAGCUGCAAAACCCAAAGAGCGGUGCCCUCUGGGACAUUUACCGCAGAGAAGAUGCUUUCAAAUUGAAAGAAUAUCUGAGAAGGCAUUUUAAAGAGUUCAGACAUACAUAUUGCUUGCCGUUAAAGCAGGUUGUUGAUCCCAUAUAUGAUGGGGUAUUUUACCUCAACGCCGAGCAUCAAAGAAGACUUAAAGAGGAAUAUGGAAUUGAACCAUGGAGGGUGGUUCAAAAUUUAGGAGAUGCAAUUUUCAUUCCUGCCGGCUGUCCUUUUCAAGUUAGAAACUUGAAGUCAUGUAUACAGGUUUCGACCGGUUUUGUGUCACCUGAAAGCAUACAUGAGUGCCUCCGUUUUACCGAGGAAAUUCGUGUCCUUCCCCGAGAGCACGUGGCCAAGGAGGACAAAUUAGGGGUAAAAAAAUUAAUUAUUCAUGCAAUAAGACAAGUAUCGAACGACUUGGAAGAGGUUACCAAAACGGAGACAGUGACUGAUAGCUUGGAUGUCAGUUCUGAUUCUUCAGUACAGGGUGGAUACAUGGGUUCAGACCUAGCAAAUUUGGAGAUCGAAAGCUAUUACCAAGAACCCAACCCAACUUUAGUACAAGGUGACUUCCAAGAAGAGGCUAAUAUAUCUCAGGAGGUUUCUGACAUCUUAACCCAACGCAUGAAAUCUGUUACCUCGGAUAAUUCUCCACGUCAAGUUCCCAGGUCAAUCCCUGCCGCGAUGGUUGAGUUCUUCAAUGAGUUGGAGGCACAAAUCCAGAAAGAAAAUGUGGAUGUGUUAAUGGUACUUCCUCCCCAAAUACAUCUGGAUGAAGAGAUCAUCCAGGAGUAUGAGAAGAGUUUGAAGAAACACAUGUCAGGACGCCUGCUUGACCUUGCCGAUGAUUCAAAUUUGCAAGACUUCAAUAGAGUCUUGCACUUUUUGCUUGCCUCUAGGAGGAUCCCCUCACAUUUGCAGCAGGGAUUCUUAGCUCUUCGCAGGGAUCUGCCAGACUUAACGAGUAGAGCAUACGAGCUUCACAAGGAAGUGAACCGGGGCAUGGUUAUGCCUCUGGCAAGGUCUAAAGAGCGAGAGGAACUGAAGAGCAUGUUGGGAAAAUAUCGCCAGAUCGAAGAAAAUAUGAUGAAAUUAGAAAAAGAGAAAGAUACCACCAUGCUCAGUAUAUCUAGGCUUCAAAUGAGAAAUGAACAACUCAACGAGGAAGUCACGAAUCUUAGGACAGCUGCUGAGAAUGAUGUUGGGGACCGGAGCAAAUUGUGUAACGAUGAGGCAUGGAAGCUGGAGGAGAAGAUAGAUCACAACUCAGCUGAGAUAGUCAGACUCCAGGCCACUAAUGAAGCCAUAGGCGCCAAACUUGUCAAAUUCUCAGAUGAAGCAAAGAGGUUACACAAAGAUGCCCAUGCCCAACAUUACAAAGUACUAAAUCUUGAGGCUAUGGCAGCGGCAUAUGAGAGAAACGUGGAGAAUACUAUGGAUAAGUUGGUUAUCAUGGAGCAAAAUUGGAAACAACAGGUCCAAGCACUAGACUAUUGAGUACCGUGCAACAAGCAUAAUGUAUACUUGUAACUUUUUCUUCUAAAAUGGCGGGACUGUGAAAGGGCUGCCAUCCUCAAACAAAGCUUCCUGUAUCUU